UCAACAAAACAAUUUUGUCAAUUGACAAUUUCAAAUUGGAAAAAUAUCCAUUUCUUUUGUGUUUAACUACAGAAUCGACAAUAGAUUAUCUAAUUGCGAUUGGUUGGUUGGUUAACGUCUACAAAUUUGUGAUCUCAAACUAAAGACAAAAAAUAGUUACGAUAAGAUUGAUCCUAAAAAAAUUGAUUCUAAUGUCACAAAUAUUAUCAAGAGGUUGUUUCCUAAAAAUACCAUAUGGAUCUUCAUUGGCCACUUUAUUGGCUCUUUGUGGUGUUUCAAUUGUUCUUGGCUCUUUUCUGGAAACAAUCACCUUAAUCGAUGGAUUACUUUAUGAACUGUUAAACUUAAAGUAUUUAUGGUUUAAUGAUGUGAAAGUGGUUUACAUAAUUUUCUGUACUUUACUGACUGUAGUUAUAUUGAUUAAUUUGAUGAUUGGUUGUAUGACCACUGGUCGAAAAGCAUCACAAUACAUGGGAUCACCAGGAUGCUCUCUUUGUGGAUCAGCAACAAGCUGCCUUGUGAAAUGUGUCUUCAUUGCCAAUUACAUUCUAUUCUACCUGAUCUUGGCUUUAACGAUCGCAUUUACUGUUGUCCUGUUUAUUUGUUACAUUAUGUCAAGAUUAUGCUCAGAGGGUCGAACCUACGAUGAACCAAGUGGAUCUAAUCAUUUACCUGCCAGUGAAGUGACUGACAGUUCACAACAAUUGAACCUUAAAUUGUUUGCACCCUUGCUCAAUGUCCGACCCAAUGAGACUGGUCAUCUUCUUGUAUUUGAAGGAUACAAAUUGAAAAAAUUGUGUAUUGAUUAUCUUUCAAAUCUUUACCUUUAUGUUAUACUUUGUUUCACUGGAUUCAUUUUAUUAUGUUCUGGUUUCCUUAACUACCUGAUUAAUUUAAGUGUUAAUUGGGCGAGAAUAUCAACAUCACAAAAAUGUGCUGAAUUAAUUUAUCUCAAUUCAGCUGAAAUGACAGCAUUUGGAGGUGAAUCAUUAGAUGUUGGUGGACGUUUUUAAUGAUUAAUUUGUUUUUUAUUUAUUUUAAACAAUUAAUUGAUUAAUUAAGUAUUAUAAGUAUAACCAAAUCAACAUCUCAUGUCAAUAUUAUGGCAUUUCUCAUAUCCAGUCCAUCACAUUCAACAGCCUUCAUCAUCUCAUUCCAUUCAUCAUUCCAGCAACAACUUGACACUCACUCUUUUUCUGCACGUUCAUAACUUCAUACUCAUCCACCUUAAAGAUUUUUACGAAUACCAAAAUUAUCUAUUGUUCAUUGGAACCAAAAUUAAGAUUCACCUUUACGAACAACACUCAAACCUUAUCAAAUUUACUCUCUUUUUCACCUUUCAAUUAACUCAAUUACAAUUUCUAUCCACUCUGGUUCUUGAUUAUCAUGUUUGUGAACUCACAACUUGGAACUGAUUUUAAAGUUAAGGUAAUAUUCAUAUCAAGCCAGCCAACGUAUUUAAAUAAACAUUAAUUCCUAUCCGUCCAUUAAUAGCAAUUAAGCCUACAAUCAGUCUACCACUCAGGAAAAAUAAACAAACAUCAAUUCACAUCAAAGUAACAUUAACAAUCGUAUUUGCCAAUAAAUAAACAAUUGAUACCUCACUUGGACCAAUUUAAACUAAUCAAGGAGAAUCAUCAUCAUCUUCAUCAGCCAAGAAUCAUGAAGUAUCAACUAUCAUCAAAUUAGAAUACUUAUCACCAAAAUAAUCAAAGUAUUUCUAUCAACCAAAUUUAAGUUAUAUCACAUUUGCAAUACUGUAAUUGUUUUUCUCUCUCUUCUUCAUAAUCUUUCUUGUCUUCUUUUCGUUUUUCCCUCACCUUUUUGCUGAUUUUUCUAAUGCAAAAAUAAACAAAGUUCAACAGAUUA